AACAUUACUCCUUGAACAAUAAAAUAUGAUCGGUCUACAAAUGUAUAGGGAGAUUUUAAUCUACUCUUUCGGUGGGAACAAUAAAAUUGACUAGGGCUGUGGCGCACGCGAAGAAAGAAAGAAAGAAAAAGGGAAUAGAACAGAACGAGGGUUGGUAGCAGUGGCAUGAAACGUUCCUCAACUGCAUUCAAUUCUCAAUUCCUUCCAUAAACGGAUCGCAGAUUCAUCUGCAGCAAAUCCAAAUCGCAGAAUUCAUACCUUAGCAAUUGCAUGAUCACUCAAUACAAGUUCAUCAAAACCACUAAUAACCAACUACUUCACCAAAACCCUCGAAUCCUAUUCUAUCCAACCUCGCUUUCUUCCAUGGCUUAGAGAUUGCAGAUUUCGAGCAACAUCAAUCUAAUUAGGUUAGGGGACAUUUCGAUAAGCCACUAUGCAGGCUCGGCAACGCAGUCCGAGAGGGUUUUACGCCUCGGACUACCGCCACCGUGAGGCGGGGCUCGGGAGAGGCCGGCGAGGCGAUGUUUUCGUCGAGGCGGGGCGGCUCGCGGCGGAGUAUUUGGUUUCCCAGGGGCUGCUGCCGCCCAACGCGCUGCCGCCCAAGUGGCAGAACCACAAGACGCCGGCGGAGCGGCCGUCGGCGUUGGCGCGGCUCGGGAGCAUGGACGGGAGGAGGAAGCUGGGGUUUGAGGAGUUCGGGCAGAAGGGGAGGAGGAGGGGCAGUUUCAGUAGGAGCAAUGGGUUGGAUUGGGGGAGGGAGUAUAGAAGAAAUGGGUCUUGGUCUGAUCGGUUUCGCGGUGCUUCGGAUGUUAAGGAUGGUGAGGAUGAUGAUUAUGAUGGUGGUGGAUUUAGUGUUAGACACCAAGAUGAGGAGGAUCAGUACCAGUACCAGCACCACCAGCCCCAGCCCCAGCCCCAGCCCCAGCAACAAGAAGUUAGUCGUGUUGAUGAUUCUUCGAUGAAAUCGAAUUCGAGUGAAUUUGUGCCCAGAAGUGAGGAUGGAGGUGAUUUGAGUGACAAGGAUAAGGAUAGGGAUAGGGCGAAUGCUGAAAUGUUGGAGGUGAAGCAGAGUGAUGGAGGGAAAGAUGUGGUUGAUGUGGAUAUGGAAGGUGGUGCUGGUAAUGAUUUGGAGAGUGCGAGUGUUGGGGUUAAGGAGAUGAAGGAUGGUGAUGGUGAUAACGAUAAUGAGAAAUUGAGGAAUUUGUCUACCCAGUUGAGUGAUCAGGAGAAUAGUAGCUCUGGUGGGGUUGUUGCUGAUUUAGUUUCGCUGUGCAAGUCUGUUAAGGUGCCCACAAAGACGCGCUCUUCAGUUACGCGCAAGAAUUUGAAGGCUGGUAAUAAUAGAGAUGGGACUGGGAGUGCACAAGAUGUUGGGGGUCUUCAAGGAGCUGAGGAAGUGUUGGCUGAAAAUGAGUCUGUUAAAGGCUCCUCCCCGGGUGAUUUACUUGGUGAGAAAAGUUAUGAUAUUGUGCAUGUUGAUGUGGAUGUUGCUGAGGUAGAACCUGUUCAUGCUGCUGAGGACGUGAAAGAAUUAGAUGCUGAGUGUAAAGCUGAGGAAGUUCAAUCUGGUCAGGAUAGAGGUUUUAUGCAGGAUAACAACCUAGAGUCUAGUGCUAAUGCUACACUACCGGAGUAUGGAAGUUGCAGUUCCUUAGCUGAGGAACGUGGUGAAAAGCGUGUUGCGGAAGCUGAUGACGAUGUGAGGGAGGACAACAAGAGACUCAGAGAAUGGUUACCUUCCCUUGUCCCUAAGACUGAGGGGUACUUUCUGCAUAGUGACCCUAUUGAAGUGAAAGAGAGCCCGGGAGAAGAUGAAAUUUCACAUAUUGACAAAGUGACCAUGACUUCUGAUCGAGGGAGUCUGAUAAGUAGUGGUUCUCAGUUCACAGAAGGUGGAGAUAGACCUUUUCUUCAAUGUUCAGAGGAGAAGCCACUGAUGCCGAAUUCAUUUAGAACUUGUGAUCUGAAUCUCAUUGAAGCAUCUGAAAUGCAUGAAAAUCAUGUUGAUCAUCCGGUUCUUAUUUACCCCCCUGCAGUUUCUGAAACCAAGAAAGCUGUGCCAAUAGGCAUAGAUCUGAGCAUGAGUCAUGCUAGUGUAUCAGGCAAAUUCAAUACUCAUGCAACAAAUGGCAAAGAGAUUGAAGUAAUUGAUUUAGAAAAUGAUUCCAUUCAAGAAGAGAAGUCAAUUGACAACAUGGAUAGGAAGACAGAGACAAUGUUUACUGGUCUUGAAGGUUUUUCCAACCAUGCUCAAAAUGCUGCUGACAUACAUGAUGCUCAAGAUGGAUACGGGCUUAUGAUAUCAGAAUUGCUUGGGCCAGAUUUCACUAACUGUUCUUCAGUACCUGGUGACAUGAGCACUGUGCACAGUGAAAUGGGCCUUCAUAGUGGAGCGGGGACACUUGCUGAGGAUGAUUCCAUAUACAUGUCGCUUGGAGAAUUAAGUAUGCCAGAUUUUUAUUAAUGGCUUUUUGCGGCCAUGGGAGCAACCUCCAUCACAGGAUUAUCAGAAACACUUUUGAUCUAUGGUCACUCGGUCCUCUCAGGAGUCAUUAUAUAGUGGUAUGUAUCGUACUAGUCAACAUGGUUCUGUGUUAGUACUAGCUUUAUACUAAGAUGAAAUGCUGCUUUUUUUUUUCAUUUUUAUAAAUUGUCUCCUGUUUAGAAUAUGUAUUAUGUAAGAUGAAGUUUAUCUUGUCUAAUGUUCUUCUAUUUCUUUUUAGUGCCUCUGCAUCACUACUAGGAUAAUUAGAGGAGAAUUGUGUCGAAAUGAUGCAGAAUUGUAAAAUGUCCCAUUGUAACAAAUUUGCGUAUGUAUUUGGCCAUCGUUGAACAGAAUGGCUUUGGAUUGACAUUCUAUUUGGCCAUCGUUGAACAGAAUGGCUUUGGAUUGACAUUAUAGUUUAGUUCUUUUAUAAAUUAACUCAAAAGGGAAAUGGAUCUAGUUUGAUCCCUAAA